AUGUUCGCCAAAUACUCUUUCUUCGUUCUGGCUCUUGCUACAGCUGCGCUUGGAGGUGCUGUCUCCAAUGCCGAACAUGCCUCGGAGGCCGCUGCAUGCAAGCCUCUCAACGCGCGUUGUGCCCAAAACAAGGAGUGCUGCUCUGAAUACUGCAGCUGGACCAGAGGCUUUAUAUGCUAUCCCUCAGGCCUUGACGUGGACCCAAUCGAGCAAGCUCUUAAGGCUGGUGUUGAGGCCUAUAUUGAGUCCCACAGCGGUUAA